GGGAGGGAGGAGCUCGAAUCAGCUGCGCUGGGGGACUGAAAACCCAAGUUCGUUCGGCGUGGGAACAACGCGAUUCCCAAUGCAACCGAGGGUAGCUGUCCUUGGCGGAGGAGUGAGCGGUCUCGCGGCUUGCUAUUACCUCGCCAGAAGCACGCUAGCGUCUAAGGUCAUCCUUUUGGAAGGCAGCCCCCGGCUGGGGGGUUGGAUUCAUUCUACCCAGACGGAGGAUGGGGCUGUUUUCGAACACGGCCCAAGAGGGAUCCGACCCGCUGGAGCUGUAGGAAAAAACACGCUUCUUAUGGUCUCGGAGCUUGGACUCGAAGCUGACGUUCUUCCCGUUCCUGGAGACCACCCGGCCUCGAAAAAUCGCUACCUCUACGUCGGGGGGACCCUCCACAAACUCCCUUCCGGCAUUAGUGGCGUCUUCCGGACCAUUGCUCCGUUCUCCCGACCUCUCAUCUGGAGUGGGUUGAAGGACCUGGUGGCCCCCCGUGGCCCGGCGCCGGACGAGACCGUUCCCGCCUUCGUGGCCCGCCGCUGUGGCCAGGAGGUGGCUGACGUAGCCAUCGACAGCCUCUGCCGUGGGGUCUUCGCGGGGGACUGCCGUGCCCUGAGCGUCCGUUCCUGUUUCCCAGCGUUGUUCCUUGCUGAACAAAAGUGCAGAUCGGUUAUUCUGGGCAUGGCCCUGGCGAAAUCAAAAAAGUCUCCGGUGGACUGCCGGCUGAUCCGCCAGGCCCAGGAAGGCCGCUGGAGCCAGUGGUCCCUGCGUGGCGGGCUGCAGACCCUCCCAGAAGCCUUGGCGGCUUUCUCGAGACAGCGAGGGGUGGAGAUCCAUUGCAACGCCCUUGUGAAGCGGCUGGAGAGAACCGCCUCUGGUUCCUGGCAGAUUGCGCUGCAGGAUGGCACCGUGGAGGCAGAUCAUGUGAUCAGCGCUUUGCCAGCCAAAGCUCUGGCCGCGUUGCUCCCCGCCGGAUCCGAGCCCCUUAUCCGAGACCUCUCGGGCGUCCAAGCUGUUUCCGUGGCGGUGGUGAACCUCCAGUACGAAAACGCCCAGCUUCCCGUCACGGGGUUCGGCCACUUGGUGCCCUCGUUCGAGGACCGUCCCCUGCUGGGCAUCGUUUACGACUCGGUGGCGUUUCCCGAACAGGAUGGCCGCCAAGGCUGUGCCACUCGCCUGACGGUGAUGAUGGGUGGCGCGUGGUUUACAUCCAACCUUGGUGACCCAGACACGGUUCCUCACACUGAGUUGCUGAGCCGAGCUCAGGAGGCUGUCAGGCAGCACCUUGGAAUCGCUACGGAGCCUGCUCGCUCCAUUGUUAAAGUACAUAAGGCUUGCAUCCCCCAGUACACGCUCGGCCACUGGAAACACAUCGAAAGCGCUGCCUCCUACUUGAAACAGCAGAAUCUGCCCCUUAGCCUGGUGGGGGCUUCCUACGCCGGCGUCUCCGUCAGCGAGUGCAUCUUCAGCGCCCAGAUGGCGGUGGCGCGGCUCGCGGGCAGCGUCUCCUGAGGACGAGCCGGGGGAUGGGAUCGGGGCUCCCAGGAUCCAGCCGCUCUCGUUCGCUGACUUCCUGAUCCUUUGGGGGGGGCGGGGGGCUGAGCCAAGUGGGAAAGGCUGGGGAAAAGGCAGCGGAUUCCAGCCCGGCGGUGGGUUGCAGCCCCCCUCUGCACACCCCAAUUCCCCACCCCUCUCCAAGAUCGUCCCUCGCCUGUGCAGAGGCGGCCUCUAUUAAAAGCCUCCGAUCCAGGUG